AGUGGGUGGCCCAGUGGCUCUUGGCUCACGUGCUGCUCAGGCCGCCGGGGCCAGUGGGGCCCUACCCUGCAGCUCCCGGUAACCGGAGCGGGUGGAGACUGCCUUUAACUCUGUUAUGACCGCGAUAGUGAUUCUCAGAUUUGGCUGUGGGGGAAGAAUUUCUCCGGGGAGCUUGUUAAUUCAGAUUUCCAGGCCCACCCCGACACUCUGACGCAGUGGAGCGCGUGGUUCCAGAGUCUGCACUUUGGCAAGCUUUCCGGGGGAUUCUAACCCAGGUAACCCGCCGGUCACACCUGGCUUGGAAAUCGAUUUGGCUACCCGGGUCGCCUCCAGCUGCCUCUGGGCUCUCGGCCCCGGCUCUCGUCUCCAAUUGGCCCCUAGCUCGUCCCGCCCCUGCAGACAAAUCUUCCCUUCUGGUUGGUCGAUGUGAGUCUGUGGCAAGACCUGACCCAAUGGGCGCCAGAGUUCUCGGAACGUGAUCCGGAAGUUGGCACCAUUGGCUGUGGACGCCUAACUCGCGCGCCGAGACUUCCGGUUGGGAGCCGAGCGCCGACUCCUGCGUGAGUCCGUGGCGAGGGGAGACGUGAGGCGCUGGGGUCGUGUCUCGGAGAAGUCCUGGCGGGAGUGAGCUAGGGGGCCAGCGCGGCUGCACCCGGAACCGACUGAGUUCAAGGCGCCGGAGCUGGCUGCGCCCGGUCUGGAGCUGGGCUCCUCGGCCGUGACUUGAAGCCCCGGGCCCCCCCAGCUCCUGCCGACCCCUGCCAUCCUUGCGCGGAGCUCGGGGCGCCUUUCUAGCCAGGCGCAGCUGGUUUCGGGGCGAAGGCGCUCCGGAGGCCUGACGAUGGCAUCGGGCCCGGGCUCCCAGGAGCGGGAAGGGCUCUUGAUAGUGAAACUGGAGGAGGACUGCGUCUGGAGUCAGGAGCUGCCCCCGCCAGACCCAGGGCCCAGCCCGGAGGCCUCCCACUUGCGCUUCAGACGGUUCCGCUUCCAGGAGGCCGCUGGGCCCCGGGAAGCUCUCAGCCGGCUCCAGGAGCUUUGCCAUGGCUGGCUGCGGCCUGAGAUGCGUACCAAGGAGCAGAUCCUGGAGUUGCUGGUGUUGGAGCAGUUUCUGACCAUCCUGCCCCAGGAGAUCCAGAGCAGGGUGCAGGAGCUGCAUCCGGAGAGUGGCGAGGAAGCGGUGACCCUUGUGGAGGAUAUGCAGAGAGAGCUUGAGACACCGAGGCAACAGGUCACAAACCGUGGGCGGGGAACAGAAGUGCUUUUGGAGGAGCCUUUGCCUCUGGAAACAGCACGAGAGUCACCGAGCUUCAAGCUGGAGCCAAUGGAGACUGAGCGAAGCCCUGGCCCCAGGCUGCAGGAGCUGCUAGGCCCCAGCCCCAAAAGGGACCCCCAGGCUGUAAAGGAGAGGGCAUUGGCUGCUUCCUGGCUUUCGCUCUUUCCUCCUGAAGGAAACAUGGAAGACAAGGAGAUGACUGGGCCCCAGUUGCCUGAGAGCUUAGAGGACGUGGCUAUGUACAUCUCCCAGGAGUGGGGGCAUCAAGAUCCUAGUAAGAGGGCCCUCUCCAGGGACACGGUGCAGGACAGUUAUGAGAAUGUGGACUCACUGGAGUCUCAGGUUCCCAGUCAGGAGGCCCUGAGCACCCAGGUGGAACAAGCAGGAAAGCCAUGGUAUCCCAGUGUUCAGACUUGCAAGGAAGGCCUGAGCCCCAGAAGCCCAGCUCCAGGGGAAGAGAAAUUUGAGAACCGGGAAGAAAGUGCUCAGUCUGUUUCCUCUGAGAGUCUCCACCCUCAGGUGCUGCUGCCUGGACAGGCCAGAGGAGACGUACCCUGGAGUCCUGAGCAGGGAAGGCUUCAGGACAGGGCAGAAGGGCCUUGGGAGCCUCCCCCAGAGGAUCGGAUGGAGCAGUCCUUACUGGGGACCAUAAGUUGCAGAGAACUGGGGCGACCAAAGGAACUGCAGCCGAAGAAACUCCAUUUAUGUCCAUUGUGUGGCAAAAAUUUCUCUAAUAACUCAAACCUAAUUAGGCACCAGAGAAUACAUGCAGCAGAAAGGCUGUGUAUGGGUGUGGAGUGUGGUGAAAUCUUUGGUGGGACCCCACACUUUUUAUCACUACACAGAGCACGCUUGGGAGAGGAGGCCCAUAAGUGCCUUGAAUGUGGAAAGAGCUUCAGUCAGAAUACCCAUCUGACCCGCCAUCAGCGCACCCACACGGGUGAGAAGCCCUAUCAAUGUAACAUAUGUGGAAAAAGCUUCUCUUGCAACUCCAACCUGCACAGGCACCAGAGAACGCACACAGGUGAAAAGCCCUACAAGUGCUCCGAGUGUGGGGAGAUUUUUGCUCACAGUUCUAACCUCCUUAGGCACCAGAGAAUUCACACAGGAGAGAGACCCUAUAAGUGUGCUGAGUGUGGAAAAAGUUUCUCUCGAAGUUCACACCUGGUCAUACAUGAAAGAACUCAUGAGAAAGAGAGGCUUUACCCCUUCUCUGAGUGUGGGGAAGCAAUGAGUGAUAGCACCCUCUUUCUUACAAAUCAUGGAACCCACAAGGCAGAGAAGAAACUCUUUGAAUGUUUGACUUGUGGGAAAAGCUUCCGGCAGGGCAUGCAUCUCACCAGACAUCAGAGAACACACACAGGAGAGAAACCAUAUAAAUGUACCCUUUGUGGGGAAAACUUUUCUCAUAGAUCCAACUUAAUCAGGCACCAGAGAAUUCACACGGGAGAGAAACCCUAUACGUGUCAUGAGUGCGGAGACAGUUUCUCUCACAGCUCAAAUCGGAUUCGUCAUCUGAGAACCCACACGGGAGAGAGACCCUAUAAAUGUUCUGAAUGUGGAGAAAGCUUUUCCCGGAGUUCACGCCUUAUGAGUCACCAGAGAACUCACACUGGAUAGAAACAACUGGAUUUCUUUUUCGCCCAGAUAAGGUGGCAUAUUUAGAGGGUCCUGUUGUUCAGAGCUGGUAUUCCUUGUUCAACUGACCAAAUGAUCUGUUUUUAAGGUAAUUAGUAUAAAGAGGAACUGGGGGGAGGUUCACUUUGAGGGAGGUACAGAGGCAGCACAAGAUUAGCAUAAAACUAAAAAGGAAUUUUGCCUGAACUAGUGAAGAUGACAAGUCUUUGAGGUGAUCCGCUCAGGGCAGAAUUCUCUGGUCCACCCUUUCCCAGGGAGCAUCUACUCCUGCAGUAUAUUUAGCCAAGUUGUGAUUUCAGUGCCUUAUUGUGUCCAGGGUCUAUCCGAACAACUUUGGGAAUCCAUGUGACUUUCUAUCACUGCUUCCUCACUUGGGACACACAGCAGGAGCAUUUGGGCUUCUGAAGCCCUGAGACCAAAGAAGAGGGGCCAAGUCUCUUGGGAAACCAGCUGGAGGCAAGGAAGGACUGGUGGUGAGUUGCAGCUCUCAGCAAAGCCCUGGCUGGGAAGCCAUGAGCAAUCCAGGGCAGCCACCACAGCACCCCUCAAUGGCCUGACAGGAAGGCCCUUUGGCAGGCCAUGCAUGUAAAUGUCACCUCAGACAAAAAGGAAUCAGAGACCUAAAGGAAAUAGCAAGGUGGGAUUUGCAGGUUAGCCCAGGAAUUGGCAGAGAAAACUGAAAUCUGAAUUAGUUUACCUUUUGCAGAGAUCGAGACUUCCCCCACCUCUGUCAGAGAAAGACAAACAGAGCUCUGGAGUCUUCAGUGGGUUCCAUAGGAGACUUGGAAAUUAAGGAUCAUGCCUUUCCCUGUUGAAAUCUGUUGGAAUGGUAAUAAAUAUCUUUAGAAGACA